UCCAAGGUCCUCAGUUCUCUCUCUUUUUCUUCAAGAAACAGAGUGCAUUCCUCAACAGUGGUUGAGUUCUAUUCCAGUAGAAGCAAUUUGGAUUAUCCCACCUUCAGGCAUAACUGAUGAGGAAGGUGCUGUUUCUCCUCUUCUUCCUCUUCCCUUGUGCUGAAACAGAUGGCUUCAGGGAUGACACUAGACACAGACUUCAAUCUCAUGAGCUGAAAAAAGUGGAACAUCUUCAAUGGGAAGUGAUGGAAGCCGAAGAUGAAAGAGACCAGGUAGCAGUCCUUGGCCCUGCACACUCCAGAGGUCUCGAGAGCAAUGUACCUGCUGAGAUUAACAGCGUGGAUUCAAUGGACAACAGGGUGAUUGAAAAGAGGCCUCUGGGCAGAAACAUCCUUAGCAUCAGCAGUGAAUCUGAGGGUUUAUCAAAAGACUCAACUUUCAGUAACAUCAGGGCUUCACCAGCUAAGACCAUUACUAGAGUGAGCGAUGACACUGCAGAUACUGGUUCCCCACGUACCCCCUCUGGGGAAACGCAGAGCUAUACAACAACAGUCAGCAUGACAAUGAGCGAUGGGAGUAUCGCCUCAGUUUCAACAAGUUCUUCUUCAAGUGUAACACAGAGCCACAUACCAGGUACCAGCCCCACCGGGAAUAAGUUCACUGCAACCACACCUUCCACAACUACUAUCUCAGUCAAGACUUACAGUCCUGCAACUGCGCACAGCUCCCCACCAGAUACAAAUACCACUCUGGCUGACGUCACUACAAACAUACCAUCCGCAAGUGCUCCCUCAGAGGAACCACCCAGCUCCCAGAUCACACUAAGUACCGCAGAGAGUACCGUUACCACAGACACAGCGUCAAGCACUGCCGUCUCUCAUGAAACUGACACUUCCUCAGUAGGUACCACUAGCACAUUAAGUGAUGUCACUACGAGCACCCCUAUUACAACCUCUCUUUCGGAUGGAACACACAGUCCUGCAACUGCGCACAGCUCCCCACCAGAUACAAAUACCACUCCGGCUGACGUCAUUACAAAGGUACCAUCCGCAAGUGCUCCCUCAGAGGAACCACACAGCUCCCAGAUCACACUAAGCAUCACAGAGAGUACCGUCACCACAGACACAGCGUCAAGCACUGCUGUCUCUCAUGAAACUGACACUUCCUCAGUAGGUACCACUAGCACAUUAAGUGAUGUCACUACGAGCACCCCUAUUACAACCUCUGUUUCGGAUGGAACACACAGUUCUGCAACUGCACACAGCUCCCCACCAGAUCCAAAUAUCACUCCGGCUGACGUCAUUACAAACGUACCAUCCGCAAGUGCUCCCUCAGAGGAACCAUACAGCUCCCAGAUCACACUAAGCACCGCAGAGAGUACCGUCACCACAGACGCAGCGCCAAGCACUCCCAUCUCUCAUGAAACUCACACUUCCUCAGUAGGUACCACUAGCACAUUAAUUGAUGUCACUACGAGCACCCCUAUUACAACCUCUCUUUCGGAUGGAACACACAGUCCUGCAACUGUGCACAGCUCCCCACCAGAUACAAAUAUCACUCCGGCUGACGGCAUUACAAACGUACCAUCCGCAAGUGCUCCCUCAGAGGAACCACCCAGCUCCCAGAUCACACUAAGCACCACAGAGAGUACCACCACCAUAGACACAGCAUCAAGCACUUCUGUCUCUCAUGAAACUCACACUUCCUCAGUAGGUACCACUAGCACAUUAAGUGAUGUCACUACGAGCACCCCUAUUACAACCCCUCUUUCGGAUGGAACACACAGUCCUGCAACUGCGCACAGCUCCCCACCAGAUACAAAUACCACUCCGGCUGAUGCCAUUACAAACGUACCAUCCGCAGGUGCUCCCUCACAGGAACCACCCAGCUCCCAGGUCACACUAAGCACCGCAGAGAGUACCGUCACCACAGACACAGCAUCAAGCACUGCCGUCUCUCAUGAAACUCACACUUCCUCAGAAGGUACCACUAGCACAUUAAGUGAUGUCACUACGAGCACCCCUAUUACAACCCCUCUUUCGGAUGGAACACACAGUCCUGCAACUGCGCACAGCUCCCCACCAGAUACAAAUACCACUCCGGCUGACGUCACUACAAACGUACCAUCCGCAAGUGCUCCCUCAGAGGAACCACCCAGCUCCCAGAUCACACUAAGGACCACAGAGAGUACCGUCACUGCUAUUACAAGCUUUCCUUCAUGUGAAACAUCCAGCCUGGCAACAACACAGAGCCUCUCAGCACAUGCCAGCACCUCACCGAGCAUAGCAUCAACAAUAGUUACCACCACAGAGCUAUGCUACAAUGGUGGAACAUUUGAUGGGAUCAAAUGCAUCUGUAAUGAGGAUUUAUUCUAUGGGCCCAAGUGUGAGUUCCCUGUGGAUGAGAUCCCUGUCAGAGAAUUAUCUGUGACCAUUAUUGUUGAAGCCCAGGUGAGGGUUACUAACAGAGAGUACAACGAAUCUCUGGAAGACUUAAGCUCUGCCUAUUCUCUGGAAAUUCAGGAUCAGUUUAGAAAGCAGAUGAAAAUUAUUUAUCAUGCUGUCCCUGGAUACCAAGGUGUGGAGAUCUUACAAAUGAGGAACGGCAGCAUUAUUGUGGUGCAUAAAGUCAUCUCCCAAGUCCCAGUAAAGAACAGUUUGCAAAUGAUCCAGAAGCAGAUGGAGAAUAUUACAGUGUCAGUGAAUAACUCCUUGAAAGACAUCCAUACCGAAGGGAACUGUAGCAUCCUUUCAGACCCAGAACUGUGCUUUGUUCCUUUACAUAAUUCAAUUCGUGACACAACUGUACUUUUUUCACCAGAAGAAAAUUGCAAAAGGUAUGCAGGUAAUUCAAGUUAUGCAGACUACUAUUAUCCCCAGAUAAUAGAGGGCACUCUGCGCUGUGUCUCAAGAUGUGUCAAGGGCACUCAAGUCUCCAUGAACUGCUUCAAUGGUGUUUGUCGUCUCUCUGAAAUCGGCCCUCAGUGCACUUGCAAUCAUUUGGACCUGUUCUGGUACCUGGACAGUUACUGCCAAUUACGCGUCCAAAAGAGUGCUCUGGGCCUUGGUCUUGCCCUGGCUGUGCUCUUCGUAGUCAGCAUCAUCCUUAUUAUCAUCCUCAUCAGAGCCAAGCAAAAGAAGUAUGGGACCAGCAGUUCUGCUGAUGCUGACAUCUGGUAUGGACAGGAUGCAGAUGAAGAGUGGAUACCUUCAGGGGAUCUGAACAUUAUGAAUAAAGCAGCAGUCUCCUCCUGGGAUAAGCAUCAAGACAGAGAUAAAAUGUUCAACCUAUCACUUGACUCAGUAGAUACUUCAAUGCAGUUGCAUUUCCAGAAGCCAGUAAUAACGACUGACUGUUGAUCUCACCCUGGGAUACAUCCUGGAUCUUCCUCUUGAGUAGCUGAGAUGAACAGCUAAAUUAACAUCCUAACAGUUGUACCAAAUAGCCACCAAUGGGCUGGUGGGUCUGAUGUGCGGCAUUGAUAACGUUUACCUUCCCAAUUGUCUUAUUCUUAAAUCGUCAAUUGUUUAAUAAACCAAAGAAAGAAUUAAAAAAGAUAUUGAGUACAGCAAUCAAUUAAGAACAUUAAAUUGUGGAGUCCUCUCUUCUAUUGGUAACAUUAAAAUUGCUUGUAGAAACUAUUUUAUAUGACAUUUCAUUGUAGAGGGAAGGAGUUUACAGUUGCUUCUUCAACAUGAUUUAGAGCCCUCUGAUCUGGAUAUGUAUGGUUUUCAAACUUGAUGCUGCAUGAUAAAGUUCACUGAUUUGCUUUUGCUGAAACACUGUACGGACCUUAAUAUAACUGGGGGAAUUAGAAUAAUCCUUCUGAAAAUGUUUUCUUCUAUAGUUUGAUAAAAAAAGACAAA